GCCACAUUAUCUGCCAAACAUGUUGAUGAGAGAACUGAGAUCAGAGACAAUGCAGCCAUGAAAGUUAAAAACACCAAAGUGUCAUCGACUAAUACAAAGUCCAGAUUCGGGCCAUUAAGUGGCGUGAAGUCCCAUGCUCACAAACCAACAAAUGGCAAGACAUGUAAAAUUAAACAGGAAAUGAAAUCUGGACACGUCAAUGGUGUAUUGUUCUCGGUACAUUUAACAUCUCAGGAUAAUGAUGCCAGCGAUGAAUCCACAACAGAAAGUUCUUUCUUCUCAUCUGGUUCCCAAAUGUGCCGUCGUAUCUAUAGCGAUAGCUGGAGUAUUCCAUCGAGAACAGUGUCGGAGUCUGAGGGAAAAUCCUCAAUUUCAUGUUAUCCCCCCUCUUCAGUCAAUGAAACUAG